AUGCGGUGGCCCAUGGAGGCCGUCGAGUCCACCAAGGCGGAGGACCAGCUGGUCUGGUUCACGCUCUACCUGGUGAUCUACCUGGCGUUCUACUUCUUCACGAGCCCCUUCGUGGGCAACCGGGAGCUGCUCAACUCGUGGACGCCCUACGUCUACUUCUCCAUGGUGCUCUACGCGUGGCUAUUCUCCGCCGCCGCAUUGCACACGCCCGUGCACGCCCUGGGUCUGCUGGACUCCACCAUCAAGCAACCGAUCUCGCUGCUGUUUCCCUUCUUCUCGGCCAGCUUCGUGUUUCUCAUCGUGCUGGAGGUGCUCAUGGUGCUCUUCCUCUCGCGGAUCGCCAAGCGGCUGGGGCUGUCGUGGACUGUGGCCCACGUCUCCUUGGCGCGGUCGUUCAUGAACGUGCUGCGCAAUAGCGCCGCUAUUAGUGUUGCUUGUGUGGCGCUGAUCGUGCACUGCGAUGCCACGUACGACUGCGCUGCGUCGCCGGAUGAACCGAGGACGUACAACAGUCACGCUUGCGCACAGAUCUUCUCGUUCGUCCAGUCGGAGGACGUGGAGACUCUGGUGCCUGGCAGCUAUGGUGGCGCAAUUUUGAUCUGGUGCAUGGGAAUGUUCCUCGCCAUCACCAACUUUUUCCUCGAGCGCAUGAGCGGAAUGCGCAUGAUGGUUUCUUUUGGGUGGUUCUCUAACCAGGUUGAAGACAACGAAGUGGACGAGUUGUCAGAGGGAGAGCACGGCCACGAGCGUCUGCCGCCCGAGCAAAACCUACCGAUGGUUCCCUGGUACUCCAUGCUCCUGUUCGACACCGUCUUCGAUCUGCUCAUCUCGCUCAAGAUCUUCCUUGGUCGAUUCGACAUGCGCACAAUGCAGCGCGCGCUGCAUCCAAACGACGAGGACUACUGCUUCGACCACCUAGCUGACAGGGACGAAGUCUGGCUGGACUUUAUGGCUGACUGUGGAGACGGUUUUAACAGCAGCUACCAGAUCGCGCGUUUGCUUGCCCAGCCAGAACUGGAGGUGGACUGCGAAGUGCCCGACGAUAAGUCUAGCGACACCGAGCAAGAAAGCAAUGAGAAAACGAAGACAAAAACGAUCAAGCGCGUGUUCCCGCGCGGCGACGCCCUUGUGAUCGGCGGAGAUCUCGCGUACCCACACCCAGACAGCAAAACGUACGAGACGCGGCUGUUCCGAUGCUUUGAAUACGCCAUGAAGCCCCCGCCAAGUUACCACCCAUCGGCCAUUUCCACGAGGAAGAAGGCUCCAGAUGGUUGUUCUUCGUUGCGCGACUACGAAGGUCCAAGCGUAUUCGCGAUCCCAGGAAACCACGAUUGGUUUGAUGGUCUGAACACGUUCACGCGGUAUAUCUGUCAACGAGACUGGCUGGGCGGAUGGCUACUUCCGCAGAAGACGAGUUACUUCAGUAUCAAACUUCCUCAUGGCUGGUGGUUGUUUGGCGUGGAUCUGGCAUUAGAAAACGACGUGGACACGGAGCAGUUUGGCUUCUUUGAGCGAGUGGUGCAGACGCAAAUGGGCCCCAAUGACGCGGUGAUUGUGCUCACUCACGAACCGCGAUGGCUCUUGGAUGUCUACGAGGACAAAUCCAAUCUUGACGCGAAGUUUGCCUACCUUAUUGAGAACGUGCUCAAGGGGCGAUGUGCAGUACGACUUGCUGGGGACAUUCACAACUACACGCGACACUCGUUAGUGGAGGAGACGCACACGUUGAAGCGCCCGGCCUCCAUGCAGUUUGACACAGCGCGGCCCAAAAUCUCGACAGCUAAUCUUCCCCGCAGGCACUCGUUCUCAUCCCCAGUCCACAAGCACUUCCCACACAUGAAGCAACACGAUGAUAUCCCGACCGAAGAGCGAAUUGCCAUGGACGCCCAAGCCCAGUCGGCCCCCCAGCCGGAGCGUGAACGCUCUGCCGAGCAUUUGAUCAUCUCUGGUGGCGGAGGUGCGUUUCUGCACCCCACGCAUAUUCCCAGUCCGACCCUGACUUCAAACGGCGGGACUUACGAACACAAGCAAUGCUACCCACCAGCGCAUGUAUCAAGACGAUAUGCAGUGCUGAAUGUGUUUGGCUUUCGCCGCAUCAACUGGCGGUUUGAUGCGAUCGGCGGAAUCGGGUAUUUUGCCAUGGUGUUCUCUAUGUUCCCGCGCUGUUCUGUUGGGUCCAUUUACGCUGCAGCAACGUACUGGGAGGCAGCAGCACAGUUUUGCCAGGAGCUCGUGCACAUAUUGUACGACAUGGUGACGACUUCGUACGUGUCGUUACUGUGCUCCAUUGGCAUGCUAGUGGGGAUGAUCGGCUUCGCGGACUGCACGACACUGCCGAAGCGCUGUGCGAUGGGUAUGGCCGUGUCGCUUUUCCACUGCAUCGCAGCCUUCACCAUUCUACUUGUUUACGAGUGCCUUCUCGAAGUCGCUUCGGUUCGCGGCUCGCUGGGGCGUGAGGGCGAGCACUCGCUCUACCUUUUCUUCAGCAGCACACUGCCAGACUUUUCAGCAAUCCGACAGUACGACAUAUUCGGCCUCGCGUCGCUGUAUGACGACUUUAUGCUACUCAGUAUGACCAUCUUCGACGUGCCGGAGGUGGUAGCGCUGCAUCGCAACAAGAUCUGCGCGUCCGGAUUCGAGAGCCUUGGACGCAUGGAGCUGUGGAUGUACUACGCUAGCGUCUUUCCGUACUUCUGGGUGCUGGCCACGCCAGUAGUGAGCUUCGUCUUCGGCACGUACCUGUACCUGUCGCUCAACAUCUUCGGGUGCCACUACAACGAGGCCUUCUCGUCGCUGCGCAUUGCCAGCUACAAGAACUUCCUGCGCCUGCACUUCGACAAGGAGGGCCGGCUCGAGAUCUUCGCCUUCGGGGUGGACAAGAUGCCGCGUCGCUGGUGCAGGGACCCCAAGUGGAGUGGGGGCAACGGCCCGCGCGCAUCGCUAGAGAGGGACCUGCCGUCGUUCAAGUGGACGCGCCCCAGCUACUGGAAGCCGCUGGUGACCAAGGUGGAUAACAUGCUGCGCCUGGACUUCGAGAACCCGUCGCUGGACGCCAAGUUCAACACGACGGACCGAUCCAACGUCCACCUCAUCGACCGCGUGCUGGUGCGCAAGCCCACGUCUUGA